AUCCUAUACCGGAAAUAUUCUUUGGCCACCAGGGGGCUCAUUUGAAUCAACAUGCUCUCUGGACGUCACAUAUUUUCCAUUUGAUUCCCAAAAGUGCACAUUGAGUUUUGCAAACGCGAUGUAUCAUGGUUUCCACCAAAACAUAUCUUCUAAGGCCGGGGUUAUCAUGGAAAAAUAUACAGAAAAUGGUGAAUGGAAUGUCGUGAAAACUGAUGUUAGGAUCUUCAAUGAUUUCUUUGACAUGAAACCAUACCCAACUAUAGAUUUCAUUAUUUUCCUAAAAAGGAAGUCUCUGUACCAUAUCGUGAAUGUGAU